UCCUGAGUGUGGGAGCAGACCUACAUGGUGCCUUUGGGACGUGUUUUUGAUACCUCUCCAUUUUGUUCAUGCUGGUCAACUGAUUCAUUGAAGACUUGGUUAGAGCUUGUUCAUUCAACAUGAAGUGCUACAUCAUUUUUCUUCUUCUAAUUUUGUCUGCAACUGUGGCUCUGGGGAACAAGAAAAAAUCCAGGAUGGAUAACAGGGAAAAGCGGGACUUGCUGAGACGAGCAAAAAGAAGGUGGGUCCUGUCAACCAUAGAACUCAUGGAGGAAGAUGAGGGCCCCUUCCCCAAAAAUGCCACUCAGCUUUUCAAUGACAGAGAACUUGAUUACGCACUGAAAUAUCAUAUCAGUGGAGAAGGUGUGACCGAACCGCCAAUGGGAAUUUUCUCCAUCAAUGAAGAAAAUGGCAUGGUCUAUGUCCAUAAGAAAGUAGAUCGGGAGGUUCAAAGUUCUUUUCAUAUUAAGUUUGAUGUUCUUGACAAAGUAACCAACAAGAUUGUGGAUAGACAACUGGCAUUUGAUGUAGAAAUAAAGGAUAUAAAUGAUAACCCUCCCAUAUUUGAAAAAGCUGAAAUGACAGUGGAUGUUAAUGAGGACACAGAAGAAGGUGAUCUGCCGGUCAAUCUGUUGGCCAGGGAUGCUGAUGAAGAAAAUUCUGUUAAUUCACAAAUCACCAUGAGCGUGAUUUCCCAGGAACCAGCCUCCCCCAAGAUUGGGAUCAAAGUGGUGGAGGGGACAAGAAUGAGUCAACUAACCUUGAAAGGGUGCUUUGAUUAUGAUAAAGCAAAUAAAUUCAAAGUUCUGGUUCGGGCAAGAGACCACGGAGUCCCCUCUCACUCUUCAACUGCAACGGUCUUCCUGAACAUCAAAGACAGUAACAAUCACCCACCAGUUUUUACCCAAAAUGAGUACAAGACUAGUGUAAAUGAGAUGGCCGAAGAUGAGGUUAUUCUGAGACUGACAGUGAUGGACAAAGACACACCCAAUACACCGGCAUCACGGGCCAAAUACAAAAUCAUCAAGGGCAAUGAGGACGGAAACUACAAGAUAGAGACUGACCCAAAGACCAACGAGGGAGUCUUAACUGUCAUCAAGGCAAAGGACUAUGAGGAAACGACUUUGAAAAAUCUGACAAUUUCAGUGGAGAAUGAGGAGCCGCUGUUUGUGUGUGGCUCUGACAACUCAAAGGACCCCGCUGGAGGCGUGGCUCCUCAAACUGUGAACGUGGCUGUCACCGUGAUUGACGUCAAUGAUCCACCGGCGUUUGAGAAGAAGAUAGCUGUGGUUUAUGAAAAAGAGGAAACCGAGCCGGGGGACAUGCUGUACACACUUAAGGCCACCGACGUAGAGUCAAACGGCAUCAGGUAUGAAAUAGCUUCAGAUCCGGAAAACUGGGUGACUGUUGAUCCAAAGACAGGUGUUGUCAAAGCUCUGCACAAGAUGGAUCGUGAGUCUCCACGUGUCAACAACAGCUAUUACACGGUCUUAAUUCAUGCUAUUGAUGAUGGGGAGCCGCCUGCUACUUCCACUGCUACCUUGCUGGUUCACCUUGGUGACCUCAAUGACAACAAGCCCUACCUGGUGACAAAUAGCACGCAUAUGUGUGGGAACAAGGCCAAAAGCAUAGAGAUCAAGGCAAAGGACGAUGAUGUAGCACCGUUUGGGGGACCCUUUGCCUUCUCACUAAGGGGUGAAGACAAAGAGCUGAAAGAGCUGAAGAGCCGAUUUAAACUAGACCCUGAUACAGGGGAGAGUGCCACUCUGGUGAGUCUGAAGGACCUGCCCUAUGGGAAUUACACCAUCCCCUUAUUGAUUGAGGACCAGCAGGGCAAAGGUGCUAAGGAAGACCUACAUCUUGUGGUGUGCGACUGCGAAAAUAAAGAUGUGUGCAAGAGCCCCAAGCCCAAAUCUUCAGCUCUGGGAGGAGCAGGCAUUGCCACCCUAAUUGCUGGUCUCCUGAUGCUUCUACUUCUUGUGCUCAUGGGUCUACUGUGUGUGUGCGGGGAGCAGUUCCAUCACAAGCCCCUGGUGUUGCAGGAUGAGGGAAACCAGACACUGGUCAAGUAUAAUGAAGAGGGUGGCGUCUCGGAAUUGAAGGCUGAGCCAGUCUUUGUCAUGACCCCUACAAGCAGCAUCGCUAUCGCAGAUGGACUGAAGCAAGCCACCAUACCGCUCAACCAGAUGCCCUCAGACAUUAGGAUCAAUGACAUCAAUGGGACACUAAGAAGCCAGGGGAGGAGCAUGGGUAUGACUGGACAAGACAUGUCCAUGCAGACCUCAUCCUACCGGAGUGUGUGGAACACCAGGAGGAAUAGCAGCAGAAGUGGGGCUAUGACAUACAACCAAUCACACAGCCUAAUGUCAGAUGUGCACAUCUCAGAUCUCAUAGAAAGGAGGCUGUACCAGCAAAAUGAGGAUCAGCUGGAGUUCCCUGGAUGCUGCCCUCAAGUGUACAUGUACGAAGGGAUAGGCAGCAAGUGUCAGUCUUUGGAUAAGCUGUCGCAGAGCAGCUGGGGGGACACACUGGAUUUCCUGCAAGAUCUGGGCCCCAGGUUCAACACACUGGAUGGAAUUUGCCACCAGGCAAUGGAAGAAAAAGGCAUCAAGCUAUAAAUAAACCACUAGGGGACUAGGGUGUGGUUUGACUGACCCUGUAUUUAUGUCAUGCAUUGCAAAAAAGCUCUGUGCAAGAUCACCACCUGGAUUUCAGAAGACAACACGUGGGGGAUUUUUGUUAAAUCCCUGGGAGUCUAAGAGUCAGCUUU